AUGGGGUUGCAGUCAAUCCUCUUCGGAGGUGAGGAUGGCGUGGCCCAGCAAUGGGUCAAUUGUCAUCGACUCAUCAAAGGAUCUCAUACCAAAGCACUGUAUGAGGUUACUUGGGACGGUGAGCCUGCUGUAGCUAAAUGUUGGUCGAAUGCACGGUUACAAGGAUACAUUCAUGAGGCCAGUACCUACGAGAGACUGUACCAGUUAAGGCCAGAAGGCUUCGAGUUUUUCGCCACUCUUCAGAGUCAUGGGAAGAUUGUCUGCUCAUCUCUUUUCCCUAAAGGCCACAUAAUGAUAAUCAAGAAGGUCAAAGGCGAGCCCUUGGACAGACAAUGGGACCUUCUCUCAACAGAUCACAAGCAGCACAUACGCUCCACCAUCCGCAGGGCAGUUGAAGCGCUCAGAAGCAUUGGGUAUCUGUCGUUGGAUUCUGGAAAGCACAAUGUGCUGUACUCGCCGGAAACGCGGACUGUUACCAUGCUCGACUUCGAGCUCAUGCAGGCCUGCGACGAAAGCACCAUGAGCCCAGACCGUCCAGAGAUGUACGCAAUCUUUGGACAUCCAGUACCUUGGGGUCCGUUCCUUUUCCUGAUCGUUUCCGCAUUCUCCAACUCAGAUCCCCCAGGGUCGGCUACAAAGGCGGCUUUCAACGCUAAGGUGACAGAACAGGGCAAUGCACUUUGGGUGGCACUGAAAAGGAGAGCUCUGAACCGGACCACUGCAAUAAAGGAGCUCAUGGAGGUCUUAGGGCCCUUAGUUGAAGACAUGCGAAGUCGUGUCCAUGGGAAACUCGAGCAAGAGAGGAGCUGCGAGAGCCACCGCCGGGAAGAAACCGAAGAGACCGAAGAUCAUCGACAAGGUCCUUACCGUGCUGGGUAA